AUGUCCGCGUCCUCGUCCGCCCGAUCUCCAGUCGACGUCGAAUGCUCGUCGGUCCCACUCCACGACCGAUUCGAUGGCGGCCACUUCGAGGAUGCCACCUUCGAUGUCCAUGGUAUCACCAGACUCCCCGUAGAUGUCGUGAUCCCAGGCGAGCUCGAGGGAUUCAUUCCAUCGGAUUGCGUCGAGAAGCCUGGGCUAGCCGGUCCCCCAUCGUCGAGGUGUCGGGUCGAACGUUAUCCGCCUCCACCCUCCGCAGCCACGUUUGCUGGUCGUCUCCUGGUUCCAAUGGUCCGGCCACACCUGAUUGCGCCGUGA